UGGGGGCCACCAUGGUGAAGAUCUUCGUUGGGGGGCUUUCUCCUGUGGUCACAGCCGAAGAGCUGCGGAAGCUCUUUGAGCAGUACGGCCAAGUCAACGAGUGCGACAUUUUGAAGAAUUUUGCCUUCGUCCACAUGGAGAAAGAGGACGAGGCCCACCAGGCCAUCAGCACCCUGCACAAGAGCGAAUUCUACGGCACCCACUUGACUGUGGAAUACGCCACCUCCAAGAUCCGCAACGCCACCAAGAUCUACGUGGGGAAUGUCUCGGCCAAGGCCACCACCGCCCAGAUCCGCCAACUCUUCGAGCGCUUCGGCAAAGUGGUGGAGUGCGACAUUGUCAAGAACUUCGCCUUUGUCCACAUGGCCAAAGAGCGGGAAGCCAUGGACGCCAUCUUGCAUCUCAACGACACCCCACUGGAGGAUCAGAAAAUUUUUGUCACCCUUUCCAAGAGCAAUAGUUCCCUCCGGGCCACCAAAGGGGCCUCUGUGCCCACCCCACCCACCCCGACGUCCAGCUACUACUUCUCCAGGGGACGCGUGCCCACAGCGCCAGCCACCUAUUCGCCCUACUGUGCCCGUGGCUGGUACGAUCGGGAGUAUUGUGAUCAGUACACAUACGAGCUCUACGACCGAGCGCGGGCGGCAUACGACCGAGCCCUCCCCUCGGCCCCAGCGGCCUACAGAGAAAGGAGCCCCGUGGGGCGGAGGACAUCUACCCCUACUGCCGUAGUGGCCCAAUACGCUGACCCUUAUGCUGCGGUGGCGGCUGCAGCGGCUGCCGCCAUGGCUGCAGCAAACCAGACUUACAGCCAAGCCUACAGCCAGCCCGGAUACGCCGCCGCCGCCACGUCAGCUGCUGCCACAUACUCUCAGUACGGUCUAGGAACUGCCUACAACGUGGCAGAGUACUACGAGAGGUACGCCAGCGCUUACGCUGACCAGUAUGCCCAGACGUUCUGAGGGCGCUGCACCCUUCCAGUUGCUCUUUCCCUGGGCAGAGUCGGAGCGAUGUCUCAUGGCCAACCCGCUGAGCACUGACUUCCAAGGUUGGUGAUGCUGCAUUUUGUGUGUCCCUCCUUUCCUCCCCUCCCCCCCUUCCUUUCUCUUCCUUUCCUUCUUUCCUUUCCCCCACGUUUCGAUCCGAUCCGGUCGAAGAACUGCCACGCCAACCCCGCCUUGCGAAACUGCGAUGGGGGCCGAAGACGGUGUUGUCCGUUGUCUGGUUUUUCUUUCCCCCCCCGAACUCUUCCCUCCGGCACGGAAUGCCGCACACACCUUUGCACACAACGGCUCCUCCCCUUCCGCCAGCUCCAAUCUUUGCUUGCUGUGUGUUUUGCGUGCUACGCUUCGAUCCCUGCCGCCGCCGCCGCCGUCGCCACGA